CGCGAGAAGGCGGGCGUUUGACGUCGGACGGGCGCGUCGCUGUCGGAGAGAAGCUGCUGCUGCUGCUCAGGGACUCGAACUACAAACUCCGGCGGCAGGAGAGACGCAGUGUGUCGGUCUGACUCAAACGUUUCCUGCCUGGCUCUUUAUUCAAAAAAACUAAAAUGGCGUAUCACAGUCCGUACAGAGCUCCAAUGCAGACCAACGCUCCCCCGGACCAGGGCUUCCUGUGGAAUAUCUUCCAGAGGGUUGACAAGGACCGGAGUGGAGUGAUAUCAGACUCAGAGCUUCAGCAGGCCUUAUCGAAUGGCACAUGGACUCCUUUCAACCCGGUGACAGUCCGCUCCAUCAUAUCCAUGUUCGAUAGGGAAAAUAAAGGCGGCGUGAACUUCAACGAGUUUGCUGGUGUGUGGAAGUACAUCACGGACUGGCAGAACAUCUUCAGGAACUACGACAGGGACAACUCCGGCUUCAUUGAUAAGAACGAGCUUAAACAGGCGCUGACUGGAUUCGGUGAGACACGAAGUUAUCGUCUAUCAGACCAGUUCUACAGCACGUUGAUAGAGAAGUUCGACCGCCAGAGGAAGGGACAGGUGGCCUUCGAUGACUUCAUCCAGUGCUGUAUUGUACUACAGAGGUUGACUGACGUGUUCAGGCGGUACGAUACAGACCAAGACGGCUGGAUCCAGGUUUCAUAUGAACAGUAUCUUUCCAUGGUCUUCAAUAUCGUAUAACGCACACGGAGCACAACAGAAGAGCACAACUGGACCCAACUGUGCCAAAGCUCCCGGCAACCGAAUGUCUGCCAUGGUGGACACUACAAGUUUUUUUUUUAAACCGGGUUUUCAGAACAGUUGGGCUGUUUCACACAAAAUUAAAAAACCUUAGGGUUCCCAGGGGAGAAAAGGGAGGCCUCCAAUAGGUUAUUGUAGGUGCUUAAAUUAAUGUAUUUUAUGAAAAUACAUUAAUUAUGUAAAAAUAAAUAAAUAGUUUAUGGAAGUAAACAGGAUAAAUGCAUGUGCGUCUCCCACCAUCUCUCGGGUCCUCGACACAUAAGCUGUCUCUUUUACAUUGGUUUCUGUGAGCUGCUAGUUCUCAUAUACCUUUGGAUACCUUUAUCCUUUAACUCAAACUCUGCAGGUUGAGUCCUUUUAAUUUGAGGGAAUUGGGAAAAGUCCUUAAAUGUGAUGUGCAGAAUAUGUGGGAACCCUGGAACCUAUCUCAAUAAAACAGGUACGCCAAUUUCUUUGCAAAUUUUCUUUUUCGAAACCCUCCUGAUGAACAGAUUUGUCCGGGAAUCUAAAACUUGAAGUUUAAAAAAAACCUUGUAGUGUUUAGUUCGUUCACCGACAUGAACGAUGUCCGUGUUGGGGACUCGGUGGGGGGGAAUCUUUAUGGACACAUCUGUCUUUCUUGUCAGUCUAAGUGUUAUUGUCAACAAACCUUUUAAUGUCUUAACUUUAAAUUGAUGAAAAAUAUAAAUGGUGCAUUGUAAAUAUGAUUUCAGAUGCAUUGCAUGCUUAUCAGGGAAAUUUAUCCCCACUUUGAAGCAUGCUUUCCCUUUAUCUCUCGUCUUUUUUCCUCAGCCCUAUUUUGCUCAAAGCCAUGUUUACAAAAACUGUGAAAGCAGGUGACGCUCUGCUUUGAGAUUCACUAACAUGCCAGCUUACAUGCCAUAUUUGUACAAACAUUUUUAACUGCAAAUCUCCAAAUGUUAGAACAUAGGAUUUUUUGGUAGCGGUUGAGCAUAAUGCCUUUAGUAUGGCUUAUUUUUUGUGCAUGAUGCCUUAAAAUGUGUAAAAACAACACAAAAGAGAAAUCUUUUAUUAAAAAAAAAAGUAAGAACAUCUGA